AUUCAAUCAAAUGAGAAUUGCUUACAAAAUAGUCCAUCGAAUACAGAAAAUACUCAAGACCGUUUAGAGAAAUCAAAUGUUCACUUCGAACUUCAUCUAAUCGCUUCAAUCUAAUUUAAAUCAAGAAAAAACGACUUUCCAAUUUAAAUUAGUUUGUUUUCGGCAGCAAUGGGGGACGAUUUCGUAAAAACGGAAAAGUUGGUGGAAAAAUAUUUGAACAAUAUUGAAAAGAAAAUAACUGACGCAUUUUAUGGGUUCAAAAAGGAAGGCGUCCUAACGAAAAAAUUUACCGAGUCAUUUAUGAAGAAGGCAACAGAACGUGUGAAACAAGCGUGUGAGCGUUAUGAAUCGCGGCAUAGGCCAAAUUUGCCGGUAUCGAACGAGACCGUAAGUGGACAGAUGAAUUCGUCAAACCGUAGCAAUCCAGCAAAACGAAAGCUAGAAACUACUGAAAGUGAUCGUUCGAAGAAGCAAAAAUCGAGUGAACCCACCUCAAGUGAUGAUAAAUUAGACCCAAUUGCAUUGAUUAAACAAGAAAAAAAACCAACUGUAGGACCAUCGAAUGAAAAUACCGAGUAUUUGGUGUUGAAAAAUGAGUCCGAAACAGUGGUAUCUAAUACUGAUAUUUCAAAUCCAGACAAGGAAUCAUCAUCACAAGGCAUCCGUGGAGCAUCCACUGAACUGGGUCGUAGUAUUGUGCAAAAUCAUCUGAUCGAACAACUUGAACGUGCAAACCAAAUUUUUAUCACCAUUCCAGAUCGUUUGAUCUCAACGGAACAAAGUCGAAGAGAAAUAUUUCAUAAAAUUUGCGAACGCUUGAAUGUGAACGUUUCUUUUGAUCAAAUCGAAAACACAAACCGCGAAGAUAAUGCCUUAAUUGUAAAGUUUCGUGAUAUCAAAGUAAAAGAAAUGAUCAUGGAGAGUGCCGAUGGGAAAAAAGUUUGGUUGGAUCAUAUAAUCAAUGGCGAAAAAUCGUGGCGCAUUCAUGUACGGCAUUAUUUGACACGAUAUUAUUCGAAAUUAUACGGUGCAGCGCAGGAAUACAAAGAAACGAGAUUUCUACACUCAUUUAAACUUACCGACGAAGGUCUUGUGGUUAAGCGCAAGGAAAGCAGCAAAGGAAUAGUGGUGCUAUCAAUGCGUGAACUCAAUGAAUAUGUUACUAUGAAAUAAAUUUGAAGAACAUCCAAUGCAUAGUCUCCGGCAGAUGUUUAUAAACAGCAGCGUGUACUCCAUGGAAGUCUCUUCUCUUUAUUUGUUUCGUCUUAUUUUAUUCUCUCUGAUUUAAAAACGUCCUGCUUUCAAUCAACAACAGAAUAUUUGAAUAUACUUAAAUGUUUGUUUGAUAGAUUUAUAGAGUUUCAAAUAAAUAUUACAACAAUGUUAUCAGAACUAGACAGUGUAGUAAAGAUAUGCGUUUGCCUAUAUGCAGAAUGCAUUCAAUGUGUGCCAUCAUUCCAAUUUAUUUGAAUAAAUAUUUAUUUUUUGAAACUGGUUUCA